AAUCGUGCGAUCAAUUUCGAAAUGCCACAGUUGUGCUCAAGUCAUUUUGCAAAGUAGCCGCGUGAUUCGUUAACAUGUAUUUCUGCUGUUUAUUCAUAAUUUUAUUUGCCGAUUCAGUUCACAACACUGUGCCCACGUCUCCCCGAGUCGGAGGCAACCGUGAGAAAAUAAUAAAACGAAGAGCCAUAAAAGAAGACGAUUGGAUAUGGGGACCCGUUGAUCGCAUUGUAAACAGCAAAAACGAAAAUUCAUCUUUUCCGUUAGGUACAUGGUCUCCAUUGGAAAACGACGACAAACCUUGGCUACACCGCAUCAGAUUUCCACCUUUUGCAUACAGUUCCGCCCCUGAUGAUCUUAUAUUAAUCCAACCAAUAAUCCAAGUUAACUCAACGAGAAAAAUCAAAGUGAUACCUCAAUUACAAAAUUAUAAUUUACCACCUAUAAAUAGUGAGGGAAAACAAAACAUUCUAUUGAAGUUUGUGAUAGAAUAUGAUAAAGAAGAAAACGAAAUUACGUUAGAAGCAAGGACUGCUGUGAAUGAAACAAAUGAUAUUCCUUUACAGAGUACAGACAAAAUACAAAGCUCAGAAUUCAAUAAAACAAACAAUAAUGGUCUUCUAUCGGCAUCUAUUAAAGAACCAAAUAGUGAACUAAUAAGCAAUGCGGUUUUAAACAAUCAAACUAAAAUCAAAGAAAACAUAAAAGAAGAAAACAUUACGACCAGAAUCAAUACCGAAGACGAAGAACCAUCAAUACAGACUUUAAACUCUUUCCAAAUAUUGUAUUCUGAAUUAAAUUUUCCAAAGAAGAAUAAUAGAGUCAUUGUAAAACCAGAUCCUCCGUGUAAAGAAUUCGAACUGCCUAUAUUUAGAAAAGGCUCGCGUAUCAGUGAAACCAAAUGCCGAGAACAAAUUUGGAAAUUAAACGCAAUGGAGCGAAUAGACACUGAAGAUUACAUCUGUCAUUACAAUCCGGAUGCUGCAGUCGGAGGAAGAGAUACAUUCCCUGGUGAAUUUCCACAUAUGGGCGCUGUUGGAUGGUCCCCGUGGGAUAAAAAUUCGGAUUACGUAUUCAAAUGCGGAAGCUCCCUAAUCAGUCCAUUUUUCUUACUGACUGCUGCUCACUGUUCAGAAGCACCGCUGAAGGAUAAUCCUGAUAUAUCAGAUCCGAUCCCAAAGAUUGUGAGACUGAGUUACAAAAAUCUCUACGCUAAAAAACCAAGAGAUAACUAUCAGGACUCCAAGAUAAAAGCAAUUUACGUUCAUCCCGAUUACAAGUCUCCGACCAAAUAUAACGAUGUAGCUUUGUUAGAAUUAGAGUGGGGGAUUAAUUACUCAUACUUUGUACAACCUGCGUGUCUAUGGACGAAAGAAGACAUAACGGAAUUGGAAUCUUUCGCCACCGUCACCGGCUGGGGAGUUUUACAAGAAGGUAGCAGGAACAUCUCAGCCGAAUUACAAGCAGCGGUAGUGGACUUUAUAGAUUCAGAUGAAUGCGAAACACUAUUGCAACCUUGGUGCAGCAGGAAUUGGUGUGGACUUGAAGAAACACAGCUAUGUGCUGGCGUACUAGCAGGAGGCGUGGAUGCAUGUCAGGGUGAUUCUGGAGGACCCCUCCAAGUGAAGAUUUCCUUGAACUUCAGGUCAACGUACAAUCUCUAUUACAUUGUCGGUGUUACGUCAUUUGGUAUUGGUUGUGCACAACCUAACAUACCAGGAGUUUACACUAGGGUAUCAUCCUUUAUAGACUGGAUAGAAGAAAAAGUUUGGCCUGUCAACAAGAAUGUCACUACGUAAAGCCAACUUGGCCGACAAUUUCAAAACCGUUGUCGCUUUUUAUUCGUUUUUGUCUAAAGUUUACCGAGAGAGUGUAACGCUAAUCAACAUGAACAUAUGAGGCCGUCAGCGUAAAAGUGGCCUGAGCUUACAAUAGUAAGUAUGGAGGCAAAUGGGUUUGAAUUUUCAUGAAUUUAAAAUUGAGUAAGCAAGAAAACAAUAUGCGCAAAAAUAAUGUUUACUAAGUUAUCUGUUAUCUAUGGGUGAAACUAUGGAUAGGCCGGUUUUGCAUCGAAAUUUCAUAUAUUUUAAAUAAAUUCCAAUAUACGUCAUAUAUAAGCUUGAAUAUAAAAAAUUGUGGGUUAGGCCACUUUUGCGCUGAUGGCCUCAUAUAGUCGACAGUAUACUUCGAGAACGAUUUUGACACACCCCGUAUACAUAUGAUAAUAUAUACAGGAUGUGUCCGAAUCACUGCCGUAGCCAAAACAGGAAGAAACUUUUAGCUUAUGGUAAACGGCGGACAAUCUUAUACUUUUAAACGAGUAAUUCUGGUAUAUUAAUGUAUAUAUAAUCUGAAUCUCGGAAACGGCUCCAACGAUUUUCAUAAAAUUUAGUAUACAGGGGCAUUCGGGGGCAAUAAAUCGAUCUAGCUACGAUUUAUUUUCAGAAAAUGUUGCUUUAUUCAUGUUUCCAACAAUCAACUCAUCCCGACAUCUAUGGGCGAAUAAUAAUACUAUUUUUCUUAAUUGAGGGCAACUAACCGCUUUAAACACAUAACAAGAUGGCGUUAUCAAAAAAAAAAAACAAUCAUCAUCUAGUAUUUAUUUAUUGAAUAAAAUGACAUGUCGUUUAAUUAAAUUACUUUUACCUCGAAACUCGCGUAAAAACGAAAAGAUAGUCGAUCGCGUUACUACGAAAUCGUAGACUGUUCAUUGAGGACGUCAGCGUAUAAGUGGCCUAAGCUUACCAUAGUAUCGAGAUAAUGAGGUCUGAAUUUACUUUUACGCUGCUUCGUAGGCAAAAAGACUACACGCUAAAAAUAAAAUAAUAUUUACUAAGACAUUUGCUAUCUAUGGGCGAAACUAGGGAUAGGCCGGUUUUUCAUCAAAAUUUAUUAUCUUUUAAAUAAAUUGCAAUAAACAUACAAAGACGAAUAUGAAAAAUUGUGCGUUAGGUCACUUUUGGACUGACGGCUUCAAUUAUUCUUGGGCGUUAAAAUAUUUCAUAUAAUGACAUAGGAUGUAAUACGGACCGUGAAUCGUACAAGCAUUUAAGAAAUCAACAGGACUAGGUAACUUUGUUUUUAAAUGUAAUUAUUCACCAAUAUUGCUGGUUUACAAGACAAAACAUUGUAUUAUUAUAAUUUAACCUUAGUUUGUGAAAAAUAUAAAUAGAAGAAGUUUACA